GCGGCCUGGCCCACAAUGAAUGGCCGCCGCGGCUGCCGCUGCUACUGAGGCGGAGGCCGCGGAGGCGGAGGCCGAGGCCCCGGCGCAGGGGGGGUGCGCCCCGGGCCCAGGCCCGGCCCCAGCCGCCGCUGCGGAGCCCGCCGGGAGCCCCCGGAACGUGGCCACGGCGCAGCCGUCACCAUGGCACAGACCCUGCAGAUGGAGAUCCCAAACUUUGGCAACAGCAUCCUGGAGUGCCUGAAUGAGCAGCGGCUACAGGGCCUGUACUGUGAUGUGUCUGUGGUGGUCAAGGGCCAUGCCUUCAAGGCCCAUCGGGCUGUGCUGGCUGCCAGUAGCUCCUACUUCCGGGAUCUGUUCAAUAGCAGCCGGAGCGCCGUGGUGGAACUGCCAGCAGCCGUGCAGCCCCAGUCCUUCCAGCAGAUCCUCAGCUUCUGCUACACAGGCCGGCUGAGCAUGAAUGUGGGAGACCAGUUCUUGCUCAUGUACACAGCUGGCUUUCUGCAGAUCCAGGAGAUCAUGGAGAAAGGCACCGAAUUCUUCCUCAAGGUGAGCUCCCCCAGCUGCGACUCACAGGGCCUGCACACUGAGGAGGCCCCGACAUCUGAGCCCCAGAGCCCUGUGGCCCAGACAUCCAGCUGGCCAGCCUGUGGAACCCCGCUCCCUCUCGUGUCACGAGUCAAGACAGAGCAACAGGAGUCGGACUCGGUGCAAUGCACGCCGGUGGCCAAGCGGCUGUGGGACAGCAGCCAGAAGGAGGCCGGGGGCAGCAAUGGUAGCCGCAAGAUGGCCAAGUUCUCCACACCAGAUCUGGCCGCCAACCGACCACCCCAGCAGACCCCAGUGGUGGCGGCGGCAGCGGCAGGGACCGGGCAGCCAGCUGGGGGGACAACAGCGGCAGCAGGGGGCCUGGUGAGUGGGCCUAGCACAUCAGAGCGGACCAGCCCAGGCACCUCGAGUGCCUAUACCAGCGACAGCCCUGGCUCCUACCACAAUGAGGAGGAUGAGGAGGAAGAUGCAGGCGAGGAGGGCACAGACGAGCAGUACCGGCAGAUUUGCAACAUGUACACCAUGUAUAGCAUGAUGAACGUCGGCCAGACUGCUGAAAAGGUGGAGGCACUCCCUGAGCAGGUGACCCCUGAGUCCCGGAACCGCAUCCGGGUGCGGCAAGACCUGGCAUCUCUCCCAGCUGAGCUCAUCAACCAGAUUGGCAAUCGCUGCCACCCCAAGCUCUACGAUGAGGGUGACCCCUCUGAGAAGCUGGAGCUGGUGACAGGUACCAAUGUAUACAUUACACGGGCACAGCUCAUGAACUGCCACGUCAGUGCAGGCACGCGGCACAAGGUCCUGCUGCGGCGUCUCCUGGCCUCCUUCUUUGACCGGAACACGCUGGCAAAUAGCUGUGGCACCGGCAUCCGUUCUUCCACCAAUGACCCCAGGCGCAAACCGCUGGACAGCCGUGUCCUCCAUGCCGUCAAGUACUACUGCCAGAACUUUGCCCCCAACUUCAAGGAGAGUGAGAUGAAUGCCAUUGCGGCUGACAUGUGCACCAAUGCCCGCCGAGUUGUGCGUAAAAGCUGGAUGCCCAAGGUCAAACUGCUCAAGGCUGAGGGCGAGGCCUACACCACCUUCAUCAGCGACACAGGCAAGAUGGAGCCAUACAUGAUGGACGUGGAACACAGCUUUGAGACAGCCAGCCAUGAUGGCGAGGCCGGCCCCUCAGCGGAGGCCCUCCAGUAACCCCCAUUGGAUCCCCUCCCCUUGGGGCUGCACACUUCCCUCCUGUCACACCUACCCACCUGCCAUCUUGGUCAUGAGCUACUGUCUGUUCCCUCCCCAGGACCCUUGGGGGGCACUGCAUGCUCCCGGCCCCUCCGCCUUCCCUGUCCCCACCCCCACCCCAUUCCAAGCGGGCUGGGAGAGGACAGAGGGGGUUUGAGGUCUGCGUUGCCUUCUCUAGCACACACUCAGUGCACCUCCUACCCCCCAGCAAUUGUCCUCCCACUCACCAGGCCAGGCACAGGGAGGAGCCGGCCAGGGGGCUCUGGAAGGCCCCCCCACCCAGGCACCUAGGCUGCCUGGUGGAAGCUUUCCUCAGCCUCCGUCCCUCUGGGCCGCCCCGUAGUACUCACAGGGGCCCCGGGUUCUCAGGACCCCUCCCGCCACCACCUCCCAGUGCUUCCAUGUUUCCAAAAGCGCCUUCCUGUCUCCCUUCUUCUGUCCCUGUGCCUGGGGACUGGGGUAGGUGAGGCCGUGGGGACCGCCCAUUUUACAACUGAGGAAACACAAGGCUCAGAAAUUCUGUGGGGGACGGAAGGUGGCAGUGGUGGACUCUG